AUGGAUGCGACUUGGGAGGGCUCACGCCGUCAACUCGUGGCGGCGCUGCUGAUGUUGGUGCCUCAGUUUGUCAACGAUCUUCACGCUUUAAUUAGUCCUCCUGCCAAGGGAACUCCACUUCCACUGAUCUUACUCGGGAAGUCGAAAAAUGCGAUGCUGUCAACUUUCCUCUUCCUGGACCAAAUUGUGUGGGCUGGGAGGACAGGAAUAUACAAGAACAAGGAGCGAGCGGAGUUCCUUGGAAGGAUAGCAUUUUAUUGCUUCCUCGGUUCAAACACCUGCACAACCAUUAUCGAGAACGAGCAGUACCGCAUGAAGCUGCAGAAGUCCAACGAGCGGCUGCUGGCCCUCAUCGACAUCGUGGUCGCCAUGGGGCUCCUGCAGCUGGCCCCGAAGAAGGUGACCCCUCGUGUCACGGGCGCGUUCGGUUUCGCCAGCUCGCUGAUUGCUUGCUACCAGACAGAGCAGGAGUUUCAUUUCUUCUUUGUGGCCAGCCUUGGCAGCUGCUUCCAAGCCCACCAGCGAAGAGCAAGUGAGGAGUUUCAUUUCUUCUUUGACGCCUUCCUCGACGGGAGAGCGGCGGCGGUGGGGUCUGGGCCGACGCGGGGUCGCCGCUGA